AUGUCGGAUACAAAGAAGGGUUCUUCUUUUAUUUCGCAAUUGAAUGUCUUCAAUAAAGAGAAUUACAAAUUGAAGGAGUUCAAUGUCUCGACUCAGCAGUCUGGGGGUGGCUCGCAGGAGAACGGGGACAGCUCAGAUGUAGAGACUGGUCAACAGUUCAUGACCGAAUUGGACCAAGGUGAAAAGCAGCUGGGUCUCUUCUCGUGUAUCGGGCUUAUCUGUAACAGAAUGCUCGGGACAGGUGUCUUCGCUGUCUCAUCGACUAUUUACACGCUGUGUGGGUCCGUCGGGCUUGCCCUGAUUAUGUGGGCCGUUGGUGCCAUCAUCGCUUUGGCUGGGUUGUACGUCUACAUGGAGUUUGGUACCACGAUACCGAAGAACGGUGGGGAGAAGAACUACUUGGAGGUUAUCUUCAAGAAACCUAAAUUCUUCAUCACUUGCAUGUACGCAUCGUACGUCUUCUUCCUAGGGUGGGCUGCAGGUAAUUCGGUCAACACGGCGGUUAUGUUCUUGACCGCGACGGAUACAGAGGUGACUAAAUGGAACCAAAGAGGGAUCGCAGUAGCCGUUGUUUUCUUUGCAUUCCUAGUCAACGCAAUUAACGUUAAAUUGGGUAUAUUCAUCCAGAACUGUCUAGGGAUUUUCAAAAUUGGCAUCGUUCUGUUUAUCUCGGUGACUGGGUGGGUCGCACUUGGUGGUGGGUUAAAGGGUGGUUACCAGUCACAUAACUUCCAUAACGCAUUCGAGGGCACAGACAAGGCGACCGCCUACGGGAUCGUUAACGCACUGUACAACGUGAUCUGGUCCUUCGUCGGUUACUCGAACGUGAAUUACGCAUUAGGUGAAGUGAAGGACCCAGUGAGAACUUUGAAAAUCGCGGGGCCAACCUCUUUGGUGUUUCUCGCGGUCGUCUACAUCUUCGUUAACAUUGCAUACUUCGCGGUCGUUCCAAAGGAUAAACUAGUGUCAUCUAAGUUGAUCCUGGCUGCGGACUUCUUCGAUAUCUGUUUCGGUGGGCACGCGAAGAGAGCCGCUGCCGCGUUUGUAGGGUUGAGUGCGCUAGGGAACGUAAUGUCCGUCAUCUUCUCACAGGGACGUAUUAUCCAACAACUGGGCCGUGAAGGUGUCUUGCCCUUCUCCAAGUUUUUCGCGUCCUCCAAACCGUUCAAUUCUCCAGUCGUCGGUCUUUUCCAACAUUUCAUCGUCUGUCUCGUCACGAUCCUGGCACCACCUCCAGGUGACGCCUAUAACUUCAUCAUGAACUUGAUCUCGUACCCAAUGAACAUCAUCAAUUUCGCCAUCAGCACAGGUUUGCUAUGGAUUUACUACCAAAGUUACAAGGGCCGCAUUGAAUGGAAACCACCAAUCAAGGCAGGUGUGACAGUCACCACUUUCUUCGCCCUGUCGAACCUGUACUUGAUCAUUGCUCCAUACAUCCCACCAAGUGACGGCGAGUCCGUCUAUGAGAAUCUACCUUACUGGAUCCACUGUGUAGUGUCCUGGGGGAUUUUCGGUUUGGGUGGGCUGUACUACCUCGUCUGGACCCAGCUGCUACCAAGAUGGGGCAAGUACAAGCUCGUCACAAAGGAUGUGCUCGGAGAAGACGGGUUCUGGCGUGUCAAGAUCGUCAAAGUCCCAAACGCUACCAGCGAGGAUGACUACAUCGACGGUAAUGGGGGCGUAUCCGUACAAACUGGUGACAAGGACAAGGCAUCCGUCAUAGAAUACGUGAACACAGCACAGGACACUAUAGAACCUCUGCAGAGCACGAACAGCGAUGCAUCCGUCCAUGCCAGACACAAACACAACAACUAG